UUUAAUGGCGGUGAUAACAAGUUCGCUGAUGCUACUAUGAACUAGCCAAACUGUUUAGUUGAGUACCAUCCCAUAACUUUUUAAUUGCUUUUGAGAAUUAUUUGUCUCCGGUGUAUUACUAGCAUGGGUGACUGAAAAGAAUGCAAUUAACGAUUUUAUCAGUAUAAUAAACGCAUUAUAUAGUGUGCAUAUUGUUCACCAGAAUGGAUUGGAGUGCUAAAGAAGUAGCAGAGAUUGAGGAGAAUUUAGCUGAUCUCAGCCUGGAGAGAACGAUUACCAGUAGCCUAAAGAGUGCAGAAGAAAUUGAACGGCUUACUGUUGAUGAAAAUUUAAGUGAUAUCCAGCGUGCAGUGUUUCUAUUAAGUUCUGGUCAAGAAGUUCAGAGGAUCAGUGUUAUUAAGAAUCUUGCUGUACUCAUUACAGACAACCAUGACGACGCUAUGCGUAGAGUUGUACCUAAAGUUAGGGAAGUACUCCACUUGGCCAGCAUUGAACUACAACAGGCUGCAGCCGUAGCAUUCAUCAAGAUCGCUGAAGAACAAAUCGUUUCACAUACCACAUACUCUCAGACGUUCCUGCAAACAAUUCUAACCAAUAUAGAUAACAGGGAUCCAGAUAUCUCAGAAGCAUGGCUUGAUGUCUUACUACAAGUAAUAUCCUUUCUACCAAAGGAUCUCAUCAGGAAAGAGAUCUUAACGGUGGCUGUUGCGAAAGGUAGGCUCACACAACUGAUGCAGUCACGUCUUGCCAGCUGUCUCAUCCUGGGAAAAAUAGCAACACGCUUUGACUCGUUUAUGAUUAGGAAAGAUCUGUUACCUCUUGUAACCUCACUAUGUCAAGACAUUGAGUAUGAAGUAAGAGCGUGUAUGUGUCGGCAGUUGGACGCAGUUGCUAGGGGAUUAGGACUAGAGCCAACAAAGAGUGCAAUCCUGCCCGAGCUGGUGGAACUGAGUAAUGAUGAGGAGAGCUGUGUACGCUUGGCGGCGCUGGAAACCAUAGUGAAUCUGCUUAGUCUAUUAGAUGAUGGCAUCACAAAGAAUGCAUUUUUCUCACAAGAAACAUGUACACAGACCAUUAUACCGCUGGUUUGUAAAUUCUGCGAGAAUGCCAUGGUACUGGAGGAUGCCACCCUACCAACUGUGUCGAGACAGUUUGGAAAAUUAUGUCACGGCUUAUCAGUGAACUUGAAUGAUGAACAGAAGGUAUGGAUGAUGAGUUUUUACUGCAAACUCUGCGUACUUGGUCUUGGUAGUAAGAAUAAGGAUAAUGGCCGACAGAGUCCACCAGUCUUACCAAUUUACACUGAUCAAGAUAGAUACAUAGAGUGCAGAAUAGCAUCAGCGUAUAAUUUUCCAUGUAUGGUCUUAUUUUCCGGUGCUCGAAGCUUUAAACGAGAACUUCAUGGAACGUUUGCCAGUCUCUGCGACGACCCUCACCCCAUGGUCAGGGCAACCGUUGCUAAUGGUUUCCAUGAGGUUGCAAAGCUUUUAGGUAAUAACGUGUCACUGAUACAGGGUGAAUUAAUCAACUUACUGAAAGACGAAUCCAUCGAUGUGUUACAAGGUCUGGUUUCACACCUACCCGAGACUUUGCAGAUGUUUGCAAAGAGCAGUGGCAACGUGGUAACAGAAUCAAAGGUAUCAGGGUUGUCAGAAUUAAUUCCAGCACUGUGCGAAGCAGAACUGAACGUCGCACAAUGUAGACGAUGGCGUCUUCACGUGGCCAUGCUGGAAAAGCUCGCCUGUCUUCCUAAGUGCCUUACUAGUGAUCAAAUUUACAGCAAAUUUAUUCCAGUUGUUACUAAGCACAUUACAACUCAUAGGGUUCUUCCAGUUAAGCGUGCUGCAGUAAGGACAACAUGUAUAUUUAUGAGAUAUAAUCGUAAACAAGAGCAACGGCAAGACAUUUGUAGUAAACUUAUACAAGCUUGCUGUCGUUCUAAAUCAUGUUCAUAUCGUAUGCUGUUUAUUGAUGUGUGUCAAGAUAUAAUGGAAUUCUUCUCCAAGGCAUACUUUAAAGAAAAUUUAUAUGAGUUUGUAUUAGAAUUAGCUGAAGAUCCUGUACCAAAUGUAAGGUUAAAAUUCUGCACUCUCUUGCCAUUAUUGAAGUCACAGAUGAAGUUGCCAAAGGACCGCCAAAUGCUACAAGACCUUGAGUACAUGGCUAGGAAACUGAUGCUGCAGGAAAAUGAUAUUGAUGUUAAAUCAGCAAUUAGAAAUGCGUCAUUUGAAUUGGACAAAAUCCAAGUAGUAAUGGAAUCAGUAAGUCAUUUACCAUGGUCAAAGAGUAGCAAGGUGUCAAGUUCGGCAGGCAAGAAGCAUUCCAGUUCCUCAUCUAUCCUACCUGGGCCACCCCCUCAUCACUCAUCAACCAAAGCUUCCAAAGCUGGCAAGUCGCCUGGAAAGGUAAAUCAUUCCAACUCAACCUCUGCAUCAAAGUCAGCUAGCAGCCGAGGCCAUAAAUCUCCUCCACAUGCUGAAAAUAAUAACAUAGAAUCACCGAGUGGAAACAUCAGAAGAAGAGCCGGUUCUGAAGGCAUGAUAGUUGCACCUUCUGCUCUUAACAGAUUGAGAAAAGUGUCAGAUACGACAUCCAGUGGAGUACGCAGGGUAGCAAGUAGUAGCCCAGUGCAAGGUCUCCCUCAACGUAACAGCUCUGCUUCUUCUGUGUCAAGCACUGGCUCGCGUAAAUCUAGUCACAAUGCCUCCUCAACCAAGUCGAAAAAAAGUAGCAAAACGUAGCAGUAGGUUCCUGAGCUACGAGAGUCAAUAUGGAUGGACCCCAACGAAACCACAUAACAACUGACGAUGGGAGACUGUAGAGAACCCCAAGCAUAUACUACGUAACAUUUGAAGUUUCCAUUCCAAUGCUGCUGGUUGAAGAACACAUUGGAUGUACCUGAGCAUACCAUGAACGUAACACGCAAGUUGGACCUUCCAGUAAUACCAGAUCAACCAGCUGGAGUUGAAAUCAGGCCCGUAUCCAGGGGGUUUUUAUGGUUCGGGAGGAAACCCCCCCCCCCCUUUUUCUAGCAAAUCCCCUCUCUUCUGGCGAAACAUCCUCUUUAAAUUUCCCAAAUAAGUCCUCCAACCCAACUAAUGCACUGCAUACCCACCCAGACACAGACAUUUUUAAACAUAUCUGCUUUUAUAGCAUUAUUUAGAUACAUAAAGCACAAAAAUCCUCUUGCUUUGGGGGUUUCGCCGACCCCACCGGGGCAUUGACUGUGGACCUCGCGCCCAGAAAACCCCCUCUUGGAAGAACCUGGCUACAGGCCUGGAAACUCUUGUGAAGUCACCCACCACAUUACAUUAUUAACAUCUUCCAUAACACAACACAGCAUUUUAGAUAAACCUCAUAGAUAUAUAGCCUAUCUAUGGUUUAACUAGGUGUACGUUCUUCCCUCUCUGAAGAAGGCUAAAUGCCUAUUUACACAAAGCGACAAAAGCCUUCUGCUGUCUAAUUCAUAAUACAGCACACUACAUCAUUAACCAUGCACACAUUGUUGAUGCUUUGCUCUGCAGUCUGCAUGCUCAGUGACCAAAAUCACUAAUUGGUCAGAAUAUUUUUUGUCGCACAACAGUUCCUUGGAAAUAAAGAAAAAUAUUAUAAUCUGAGCAGCACAUUGCUUUGUCGCGUAGGUCGGUAUGAAUCAAUUUCUAUUUUUCCUGCCACUGCCCCUGUUUCUGUUGUACGUCAUUGUCUUGUUCAGCGUAAAAAGAUGUUUAAAUCUUAGUUGAACACCAUUUAAAUUGCAAAGUAAAUGCUGUAUAGGUAUUAUGUUCUAAAUAUUGAUUCAAUGUCUUACAUUUUUU